AUGACCAUCGAACGACUUCCCCCUGAAUUGCUGGGAGAAAUUUUCAAAGAGUGUACUCUCCUCAACCCUGACGCCCCCUAUGUCCUCUCGCUCGUCUCUCGCACAUUUCAUUCCGUCGUUCGCUCGACUCCAGCUGCAUGGAAGAAGCUGCAACUACGCGUCUACGAGGGCGAAGACCCGAAGGCCCGACAGAAGGCUGCUCUCUGGUUCUCCAUGCUAGGAACGUGUAUGGCAGACGUCACUGUCGAUAUCAAUCCAUCUUCUACCCCUCUUUCCGAUUUCUUCCUCAAAGACGUCGCCCCGCCAAAGUUUGGGGCCACGGAUGUUCUAAGAAGAUACACCCACCGGAUCGAAUCGCUGUCCGUCGAAGCGGCUUCGGAAUGUGACGCACGGUCGUUCGUCAACGCUGUAUACGACGAGUACGAGGCAGUCCAACACACCCGACGACAGAAGCACGCGACAUUCGCCCUCACCUCUCUUUCCAUUGAAAUAUCAUCCACUGCUCCUCCCACCCAAUGGGCCUCGUCGAUUCCGGUACCUCACCUCCCAAAUCUGCGAAACCUCAAGCUCCUCAACCACUCCAUUGCGUUCCUCGCCUCUCGUCGCUUCGACCAACUGCACCACCUAUCUAUUACACGGCCUAUUCGAUUCGUACCAUUCUCCCUCCUCACCGUCUUCGGUAUCCUUCGCUCCGCACCACGACUCCAAACUCUCUCCAUCGAGUCUAGGAUUCUCGAUGACACGGCUAGCGUCAGCGGAGUCGACCACCCCGGAGGCUCACUCUCACUCAUCCACCUUCCUUUCCUCACCUCACUGUCGCUGAGAACCAACCUCGUCCCAUCUAUCCUCUCCCUCCUCCUCCUUCCAAACCUCUCCAAGUUGCACGUCGACGACCUCAACGGACGCCGCGUGGGUCGAUCUCGCGAGACGGCCUCAGUUCUCCGUCAAGUCCUCGUCAGGAUGGAGCUUCCCAACGAGCACCGCACCAGUACCGGUCUGAAGCAACUGGAACUGGUCGGCGUCGAGGUGUACGCGAAGGACCAGCGAGCGGGCAGCGAGCGCGAUGACGCAUGGGAGUGGUGCUUCAACAGGAUGCGAGCCCUCGAGCGGCUCAGCGUCGCCAAGGUCGACUCAGCUCCCGUCCUCGACAUCCUCUCCACUCUCGCCUGUCCCUCCUCGCCCCCACCCGGCUCUAUCCCCUUCGCAUCCCCCUCGUCCUCAUCCAAGCGCCUCGAAGACGACAUGCAUGACCCGGACUACCCCUGUCCCAACCUCCGCUCGCUCACCCUCAAAGACACCUACGGCACCCCGUGGAACUUUGACUCCUUCCGGAACGCCCGUCCUUCCGUCCAGCUGACCUUUGAAGAACCGGACGUCUCUGCCUUCUCCCCGAGCGGGUCUGUGUUCAACUCGUAUGCGCCGUCCAGAUCGGGGACGCCGGUUCCCCUGUCGAGGUCGCCUUCGAGGGGCGGGGUGUCGCCUCCGCCUAUUGAUUUCUUGAGUUUGUAUACUGAUUUGCAGCAUAGUCCUGCGGGGUCGCCGUGGUCGCCCAAGUCGUCGAGGUCCUCGGGGAGCCCGCUUCCUCGCUUUGGACCCUGGCUGGUUCUGGCCCAAAAACCCGAGAAUUAG